CUGCGGGAAGAAGUGUCCCGGCUGCAGGAGGAAGUCCACCUUCUCCGCCAGAUGAAGGAGAUGUUGACGAAGGACCUGGAGGAGUCCCAGGGUGGCAAGUCCUCCGAGGUCCUGUCAGCCACCGAGCUCAGGGUCCAGCUGGCCCAGAAGGAGCAGGAGCUAGCCAGAGCCAAAGAAGCCUUGCAGGCCAUGAAAGCCGACCGGAAGCGCCUAAAGGGCGAGAAGACCGACCUGGUGAGCCAGAUGCAGCAGCUGUACGCCACGCUGGAGAGCCGCGAGGAGCAGCUGCGCGACUUCAUCCGCAACUAUGAGCAGCACCGCAAGGAGAGUGAGGACGCCGUCAAAGCCCUGGCUAAGGAGAAGGACCUGCUGGAGCGUGAGAAGUGGGAGCUUCGGCGCCAAGCCAAGGAGGCCACGGACCACGCCACGGCGCUGCGCUCCCAGCUGGACCUCAAGGACAACCGGAUGAAGGAGCUGGAGGCUGAGCUGGCCAUGGCCAAGCAGUCCUUAGCUACGCUGACCAAGGACGUCCCCAAGCGGCAUUCCCUCGCCAUGCCGGGCGAGACGGUGCUCAACGGCAACCAGGAGUGGGUGGUGCAGGCGGACCUCCCGCUGACCGCGGCCAUCCGGCAGAGCCAGCAGACCCUCUACCACUCUCAUCCCCCGCACCCUGCAGACCGGCAAGCGGUCAGGGUGAGCCCCUGCCACUCGCGGCAGCCCUCUGUCAUCUCCGACGCAUCUGCCGCCGAAGGCGACCGGUCGUCCACGCCAAGCGACAUCAACUCCCCUCGGCACCGGACGCACUCCCUCUGCAACGGCGACAGUCCCGGCCCAGUUCAGAAGAACCUGCACAACCCUAUUGUACAGUCACUAGAGGAUCUUGAAGACCAAAAACGGAAAAAGAAGAAAGAGAAGAUGGGAUUCGGCUCCAUCUCGCGCGUCUUCGCCAGAGGGAAGCAGCGGAAGUCCCUCGACCCCGGCCUCUUUGAUGGUACCGCCCCUGAUUAUUACAUAGAGGAGGACGCGGACUGGUGAUACCCGCCUCCCUGCGCCUGCCGCGCGCAGGCGUGUCUGUGCGUGUGGACGUGCGUGCGAGCGCGGGGGAGGGGGGGCGCGGCGGGGCGUGCGUGGCGGGGCGUGUGCGGGCGCGAGCUCCCGCGCACGUGGGUGCUGGGCGUGGCCGAGCGCGGGCCCCGCCCCCUGCGGCGCCACCUCUGUAAUUGAUGUACAUACUCCAACCGUGUGUGACUCUGUCAACUCUCUGUCGUCCUCGGAGCGAUACAGUCGUGUUGUUAAUCUGGGUUUGUUUCUGUUUCUUUUCCGUGUUUUGUUUUUUUUUCUUUUUGUGCGGUUCGUUGGGUUGUUUUUUUUUCUCACCCUCCCCCCCCCUUCUCCUCCCCUCCUCCUUUUUUAUGAAACUUGAAAACUUGAAGGACUGCUGUGUAUUUGUAAAUAACAAAACUAUUGUGCACUCCGUGCUUGUAAAUGUCCCUUGUCCAAACUGCUACUCUUGGAGCCCGUCUGCCCAAGGAUGUGGUCUGUUUUUGCUGUCCCGUUCCCCCGCCCCCCCCCCGCCCCGCCCCCCAGGUGUGAACGCGUGGGACCAGACCCUGUCCCCGGGGCGCCGAGUCACUUUAAUCCGCAAGCUGCCCAAGUGGUCGGGUAAGGUCGGCUCCUCGCCAAGACCCGGAGCCCGGCCAGGGGCUUGGGGGCGGCGGGGGGGGGGGGGGCGGCUUACCUUGGCUCGGCGUGCCGGAGGUCAAACGGGCUCUUUUUAACGGCCUGCCAGUUUUUAAAUUGCGUUGCCGUUUCUUUCUUUAUGGAAAAAAAAAAAAAAAAGAAAAUUGUUCCGUUUAAUUUAUUUGCACAAACGCAGAAGACUUAUUCUAUCUAAAUUAUUACAUAAAUAUUGGAAUGUAUAUUUUUCCAUGGGGUGGGCGGGAGGCGGGUGUUUUGUUGACUUGUCUGUUCUAUUAUCAUGCUGCUGCCAAACUGUGCAAGGUAGACUUUAGGGUGGCCAGAACCCAAGGACCAUUGGAUUUCAAAGCUUGCUUUUUUCCGUUCUUUCUUCUCUUUCUCCCCCGUUCUUCGACCCCUGCAUGGAAGUGCACUCCACCUUCCUUCCCACCCGUAGCUCUUCCCCCUUUCUAAAUAUCUAUUUAUUUAUCUGAAAUAAGGAAAACUGACCUCAGUGAGCAGAGGGCCAGCUGUGAUGGUCACCUUCUCUUGGGUCUGUCUUUUGUGAGAGCGGUUGAGUUCAGAGUGAGACAGCCAAUCACAUGACCACAGGGUAUGGCCACAGGGACCCUCGGCCCGAGUCGGUGCCACGAGGGGCCUCGAGAGGCCAUAGGUUCUUCCCUGCAGCUGUGUCUUUCUCAUCCUCGGGUCAUUCUGCAUGUUGGCCAGGCAGGUGUCCUUGGGGGAGGCACCCACCUCAAGGGGAGGGCUGCUGGGGACACAGUGUCCGGCAUCAGAACCUCUCUGCCCUCCCCAUUCUGGCUGGUUCCUCCAGCCACACUUAAUAGAAUCUCCCGGGAUCCCUUGGGCCCUGUCCUCCCAACUUGUCACAACAGCCUGAGCCCCCUCACCCCAGGAGAGAAGAGCUGGCAGGAAAUCGGCCCGUUUGGGGAGCAACAUUGGCCCCAGGGAGGCUUCACCAGCAAAGGAACCGUGUGCAUUGUAACGCCAGGUGAUGGAGAACUCGUGAGCUUCUAAGCCAGGGCCUCCUAAGGCCUAAAACUAGCUUAACCUUUUCUUUUGUUGACCUGUGGAUUUCCCCCCCCCCCCCCCACUUCACCUUAACUACUAACACAGCUCGAUGACCCGCACCCUCUGCACAACAGUAGUGGCGCUUUCUGCUAACUGUAACAUUUUCAGCACUUACAAAGAAAGGAGAUUUGAAAGUGCUGGAGAAUCUCUAUCAGAAAGAUAGGAUAUAUUGUCCAAAGUCUCUAAAGCAAACAAAAAAGCACCAGUAGGCUGUUCCCUUUCCUUCUGACUCGGUGGGGGCUGGGGGCGGGGGGGCGGUUGCUGGGCAAGAGCAGGCAGGGUACCUAAUAAGGAUCUUUCGGGCCUCCUUCGGCUAAGCUGUUUAACCGAGCCUGGCGGUGAGGGAGCGCGGCCGGAGCUGACAUCUUUCUCUACGGAGAGAGACUUUAGAAAACACUUUUCUUCCCCCAUGAUUUUUUGUUUCCUUUCGGUUGAUUUUUAUUGUUUGCCCUUUACUUAUGAGAACAUAAGAUUGCAACCACUCCUGGUAAUGAUUCAGUAGUUCCUUUUCAUUUCAGUUUUUGUAAAUUAGGAGAUAAAUCUAAGAGUUACUAAGGAUGAUUUAUUUAAGAGAACUACGUCAAAUAGCGAAUGAGUUAUGGGUAAAUUAGUUGAAAAUAACUUUUCCCAUGGGGAAGGUUUCUCGAAGGCAUGGAUGCAAAUAUAAAAUAUAAAAAAAAAAAUCUAAAUAAAGCUUAUUUUAAAAUAUUA